ACAUGGCCAAGCGCGAGGUGCUGCUGCUGGCUGCCUGGGCGCUGAUCGUGGUGCUGGGGCUGCAGGCUGAGGCGCGCCCCGGGUCCUAUGGGGUGAAGCUUUGCGGCCGCGAGUUCAUUCGAGCAGUUAUCUUCACCUGUGGAGGCUCUCGGUGGCGCCGAGAGGACCUCCUGGCCCACGACUCUCUGGGGGACUCCUUCCAGGAAGCCAGAGCCAAUGCAGACAGCCUGGCCAGUGAACUGGAUGAAGGUGUGGGCUCUAGUGAGUGGCUGGCCCUGACCAAGUUCCCCCAGGCUUUUUAUGGUGGUCAACCCGGCUGGCAGGGGACCCCUGGGGUGCCUCGGGGCAGCCGAGACGUGCUGGGGGGCCUUUCCAGCAGCUGUUGCAAAUGGGGUUGUAGCAAGAGCCAGAUCAGCAGCUUGUGCUAAGACCCGGCUGGGUAGUGGGGAAGCGACCAGCACCCCCGCCGCCUGUCAAACUCUGCCUCAUGUUCAGCUGCCUCCCAGAGCCCGGUUGCUGAGGGUUCAGCUGUCCCGGCACUGAUCCCUGCUCCCACUACGUCCAACCUCCGACCUCUGCCAACCUAUCCUGACCCUGGUCCGGGCCACGCUCCUAUGGAGCCAAACGGUGACUUGAUCUUCAGAGCUGAGUUCUUCUAAGUCCCCAGAGACUCCAGGUCCCCGCUCUACCCAAACUGGCCUGUCCCCAAUUGCUGCCGCUGUCCCCUGAACAGUCCAGUGCACCCUCGUCUCGACUCCUUCCUUGUUACCACAUCCGAGCGCCCCGCUGCGGACUCCAGGAGUGGGGGCGCGGGGUCCUCACCACUCAAACUUCCACACUGUAAUAAACACUUAGUU